GGCGUGUGUCCAAUCAGUGCAUAAGCUCAGAGAUCAACAUAAGUGAAGCAGAGCAGCUUGGCUGAUGCUCUUAGAGUCACAGAGGGAGAGGGUGGAAGGCAAAUGGAAAGACAAGAAAAUUAAUAUUAGCAGAUGGGAGAAGGGUAAAGUUAGACACAGUCUGUUUUAAUGAAAUAAAAUAUGCUUGUGUAGUGAUUCAAGCUGGACUGCAGGAGUUGAACGGGAAGGAAGAGGAAAGCCAAAAAGGAGGUGGUGCACGCGCCGCGUUGAAAGACGAGUUUACGCUUAUUGUGGCUCAAGCUAAGUGUCCACAAGCAGCCAGACUGCUCGUCUGAGGAACCGUCUGCUCCCUCCAUCUUUCCGACUGUGCUUCGUCUCCUGUCGAGAGCUACAAAGUCACUAUCUGGCAAAAGCACACGGCCAAGACAGAAGCCAUUGUGGAGAGCAUCAAACGACACUUGAAAGCAUGGAGGUGACAUGUAAGGAGCUGAGGGAAAAGAUCCAGCCGGAGAUCAUGGAGCUGAUCAAACAGCAGAGGCUCAACAGGCUGUGUGAGGGAACCUGCUUUAGGAAAAUCAGCAGUCGCAGGAGACAAGAUAAGUUUUGGUACUGCCGCCUGUCCCCGAAUCAUAAAGUCCUGCACUACGGAGAUCUGGAAGAGAGCCCUCAGGGCGAGGUUCCCCACGACUCUUUACAGGACAAACUGCCUGUAGCUGAUAUCAAAGCUGUUAUCACGGGCAAAGACUGUCCUCACAUGAAGGAGAAGGGAGCCCUCAAGCAAAACAAGGAGGUGUUAGAGCUGGCCUUCUCCGUCCUCUACGAGUCAGACGAAUACUUAAACUUUAUUGCUCCUGACAAACACGAGUACUGCGUGUGGACGGACGGUCUGAACGCCCUCCUGGGGAAGGAGAUGACCAGCGACUACACCAAAUCCGACAUGGACACCCUGCUCUCCAUGGAGAUGAAGCUCCGCCUCUUGGAUCUAGAAAACAUCCAGAUUCCCGAGGCCCCACCCCCGAUUCCCAAAGAGCCCAGCAACUACGACUUUGUUUACGACUGUAACUAGACGUGCGACUCCCCUCCCACCCCCAAAAUCUGCACCUUCAGUAGUCACUGGACCAAUCCCUCCUCCUCACGAGCUGGAACAAGAAAAACCUGUACGAUAUGAAACAAACUGUGGCUGAAGGAGGGACGUGUUUUACUUUUCUCUCUUUGCUUCUUGUUAGAUAUAUAAGAGGAUGAAACGGUGCAGAUCACCUGUUGCACCUGAGGGACUCAGGGGGUGUCAGUGCAGAGUUCCCAUGAAGAGGAGGAAGCAGGGAGUUCAUGUUGGACCCGUUCUUCAUCGUCCCGCUCAGUCCUCUUCACUCACUUUCCUCCUUCGUCUCGGCCCAGACUCCUGCUGGCUUUUUGCUUCUGUGGACAAACGCUUAGAAAUGUUCUUUUUCUUUUUUAAGUUUCAUGUUGUUUUAUUUUAUUUUUGUUUUUCCUCAGGGUUUUGUUUUGUUAGGAGUUGAUAUCAGGAUGUGCAGGUGAAGCGCAGGCUGGGAUUAAAAGUUACUUCCUGUUACAUUUCCACUAACGGUGGCAGCUAAGAGGCUGGAUUACACUCAACGGACCAAUCCUUCUUUAACAUACUCUCUCCUGUCUGCUCGGUCACGUUUCACGUGCACUGAAGACUGUUUCAGUCGUGUUACUGAACUCAUCGCUGCUCAUUUAUUCCAGUAUUUUUCCCCAUAAUGCAAAUGUAAAAUCAUCCCCGGCGGUAAAAGCCCACUCGCCUCUCCUGCACUCGAGUCUGUCGUUGUAAAAACUGCUGUACACAACAUUCCUGAGCAAUAUUUGAGCUUUUGUUUUGUCAUUUGUAAACUGAUCAUUUAGUAAUUUUGAAAUUGUGAAAAAAAAAAAAAAAGCCUGUUAACGUGUUUUUGGUCAAGGGAAGAUGAUUUUCUGUGUCGGAUUAUAUAUGGACACAAAAAUUUGAGUUUUUUUAUUUAAAGAAAGAUCAUGUUUUUUUUUUGUUUGUUUUUUUCUGGUAUCAUUUAUACAUUUCUCCUUUUUUUUUUUUUUAUUUAAUGCCUUCUGGGUUGUUUUCUGUAGGAUUUUUUCAAAGCCCCUGAAAACUGCUGUUUACAUUAAAACGUGGAGAGAAAAAA